AGAGGCACACCUAGUUCCUCUUUGCAGUUCAUGUUGAAAAACACUCAAUCGCUCCAACGAUACAAUCGCUCCAGUUCGUAUUAAACUCUCGCUGGAUAUUGUCUCUAGAUCAGCAAGGAAUGGGGAAUCUCGUUUGGGUAAUUUUGCUCGUUGCAGCUGCACAUGCGCAAGAUUUAGACAAAAGACAUUUUUACAAAUUCUGCGCACCCGUUGAUGUGGUAACCGAAUCUUCAUGCAUCGCUGUGCAACGAGGAAAUUCUGAAGUGUCGUGUUUGAGCGUGUCAGACAGCUCCGAGUGCGCUAUUCGCUUAGCUGAAGGCAAAGCCGAUUUCGGUGUUUUUAAUGCAGAAGAAUUGUUAUUGAUAAACCAAUUCUAUCCAUCUGACAUCGAACCUAUUAUUCAACUAAGGCAUAGGACCAAACAGUUAGAAGAGUUUGAAUUUCAAAUGGUAGCAGUGAUUCCCACAGAUCCAACGUUCAUACACAUAACUCCUCGCGAACGUCUCGAACGUUUAAAAGAUAAUGGAUUUUGCCAUCCUGGUUUUAGUCAAUCUCAAUGGCUGAAUGAUUAUAUUCUCAAGUAUUUUGAAAACACAUUGUCAGUGAAUCCUCUGCAGUGCCAAGAUAAUGUAACCGUUAUUGAAAACGAGAUCAUAAAUCUCAAGAAUUUCUUUGGAAAAGCUUGUAGACCAGGCGAAUGGGCUUCUAAUAAGUCAAUCGAUCAAGAACUAAAGGAGAAAUAUCCAGAAUUAUGUGCUCUUUGUGACGACACGGCGGCUUGUAGUUAUGAUAAUAAGCAGCAUCACGGACAUUUCGGAGCGCUGCAGUGUCUAACUCAAAGUCGUGGUAAAGUGGCAUAUGUAGCACUUCACUACGUUCAAAAAUAUCUUCAAACAAAUGAAUCGUAUCAGUUUUUAUGUUCAGAUGGCAGUAUUCUUCCUUUAUCCACCUCAAAUCCUUGCGCAUGGCUCCAACAACCGUGGAGCGUCGUAGCAGUUAGAAAAGAAGUCGCACACUCUCUUAAAGAAAAAUUAUCGAACUGGCUACAUAAACCGAAUUCAGACUGGACAAAGAGUUUAAGCCGAAUUAUACAAGAGGAUAGCAAGGGUGUAGAUUUGACAAAAAUGACUAUAGCUGCGUAUUUAAAGGGAAGAGAAAUCGAUGUUGAAAAUAUUAAAACUUGUGGCAAGACCAUUCGUUGGUGCACCAUUGGUGAUUCUGAGACUAAUAAGUGCAAAUGGGUGGCGAAAGCAGCGAAAGCUCUAGGUGUAGCACCGAGCAUUUCUUGUAUCAUGUCAAAUUCUACAUUUCAAUGUUUCCGCGAUAUAAAAGAAAAUCGAACAGAUAUAAUCGUCAUUGACUCCAACUAUGGUUACCUGGCACGAAAAGUAUAUAAUCUGUCGACAAUUUUAUACAGCGAAACUGAAAUGGAUAAGAAUAGUGUGACAUUCGCUGUGAUACGUGAGCCUAAAGAGGAUAAUUAUCUCAUAAAGAAUUUCCAAGAUUUAAAUGACAAAAAGGCAUGUUUCCCUGAAUACGGUGGUCUUAGCUGGUUGAGUUUCAUCAAUGCUGCAAGACAAAACAAUAUCAUCUCGUCUAAAUCCUGUGACUAUCCAUUAUUGGUGUCCGAACUGUUUUCGGGUGCUUGUACCCCUGGAAUAGAAGAUUUCGAUCACUCGAGCAUUGCCAUUCCAUCGAACGUAUCAUCUAAACUUUGCUCGGCUUGUAAAAAUCAAAAUGAUUCGUCUUGUGCAGCGAAUGAAACUAAUCGUUAUUACGGUGACAAAGGAGCCAUACAAUGCCUAAUUGAUGAAACCGGCGAUAUAGCAUUUAUUGAGACGACAAAUAUAUUCACAAUCAUCGAAUCAAACAAGUACCGUAUCCUGUGCAAAAAUGGAAGUUUGGCCCAACAAUCAGGACUUAAUAUUGACGAACAGUGUGCAUUAUCGGUGACAAUUGAUAGCGAGAUUGUUGGCCGUAAGAAAGAUGAUGAAGAAAUCUCUAGAACGGAUACUAUUUUAGCUUUAUUAAAAUUAGAAGACUGGUUAGGAUAUCGUGUAAACGCUCGAAGAUCAAUUCAUAUUUACGGACCAUUCAACGGCGAGAGAAAUCUUCUCUUCAAAGAUUCUUCGGUCGGCUUGAUUUCCACAUCGUCGACAAAGGAGUCAGUGGUUGCCUAUAAAGAACUUCUUGAUAACAUUGAAAAGUGUUCGGGUUCUUCUUUAGCCACCGCUAAUUUAAUCUUUAUAAUCCUAGUCGCACUUUAUCACCUUCUUUCCAGUCACGUACACUAAUUUUCUCUGCAUUGUUAAAUCUAAUAUUUACAAUAUUUAACGUAAUACAUUACGCCAUACGUACUUUUAAGUGUAACUG